ACCACCAAAUAAUGUCACCAUGGCAACAAGGCAAACUAUAAAGGAAUCAAACUCAGAAAUAAUCAUUUCCCCCCAAAACCAGAGUCCUCAGGUGAGCAGGACGCCAUCUUGAUAAUUGUUUUAGUAAAAGACACUAAAACCAAACAUGCUCCCCUAUCAUGACACUGCCUCUACCAUGCCUUACUUCAGCCGACGCUUGAGGUAAUUUUGGAUUGUUUUGGUCUCAACAUGUGUCCCUGUCCUCAGUCCUUGACCUCUGUCCCUGACCUCAAUCCCUGACCUAUGUCCCUGACCUCAGUCCAUGACCUCUGUCCCUGACUUCAGUCCCUGACCUCAAUCCUUGACCUCAGUCCUUGACCUCAGUCCUUGACCUCUGUCCCUGACCUCAGUCCCUGACCUCAAUCCUUGACCUCAGUCCUUGACCUCAGUCCUUGACCUCUGUCCCUGACCUCAGUCCCUGACCUCAAUCCUUGACCUCAGUCCCUGACCUCAGUCCCUGACCUCAAUCCUUGACCUCAGUCCUUGACCUCAGUCCUUGACCCUCCUUCUGAUUUGGUUGUUUUUAUGACAAGGUGAUGUUUAUUGCUUGUCACAGACCAGUUUCUGGUUGAAAUCCUGUUUUUCUCUUACGGUUAAAGUCGUUUGUUGGUGCAGCCUGUCGAUGCUGCAGGGAGUCUGCAGCUUUUCCUCUGAAACCACAGCUGCUCCCCCUCCCCCGCUGCUCGCGCUCCCAAACUGACGAUGAAAUGACCAACAGGCUGCCGCCGCCGGCGGGAGCACACGGCCGACCGAGCUGUGAUGAGAGCGACGACGCAAAAGCCAGAACGGCUGCUCCCAUGGACGUGUGAAGAGACUAAAUCCAGACAGAGGGGGAGGAAUGAGCGAGGGGGGAGUCAGAGAGACGGUUGCCAUGGCGCUGUGCUCCCCCCACCUGUUACAAACUAGAGGCGGAGACGGCGAAGCGUUCCUGGCAUCAGAGGCCGCUCGGCCUUCAGAUCUGCAGCGGCUGACUCAGACCUGCACAGCUGACGGCGCCGUUCUGCCAGUCGCCAUCAGGAGGCCAACAGAACUCUGCAGCUCAGAACCAGACCGGACAUCCAGCCAGAGUCCCACCGGACCACCUCCAGAGGCACCGGCAGUCCACCGAACACCUGCCAGAACAGACCAGAACGGUCCUGAAGCCAGGAAGAAAACCCGAAUCCAAACCUGGUUCCAAACCCAAACCAGACUCUGAGGAACAGAACCAAACCGUCCAGAACAGAACCGACACCAGAGUCAAAUUCAACCCAAACCGACCUGGAACGUCUGCAGAAACCCAGAGUCCGCCCAGAUCCAGACCAAGAUCCAGAUACCCGCUUUAUGUCCAAAGUUCAAAGCCAGAGAAACUCGAGGAACUAAACUUUAUUGAGACGGCGUCUGUGAACAAACUUUAAGACUGUUUAAAUAAAGAACAAAUCUGAACAUCAGAAAUGUCAGAAUCCAGAGAACUCCAAACCGACGGAAAACCAGGAACAGGAAACACAAGGAGCCAAAGGUCAAAGGGUUCAAGCCACAACAUAACAAAACCCGCCUCCAAAACCAGGAACUCAAGACCGACAGAGCAGAACUGAUGGGUCCAAAGGAGGGUCCGGAACCAAAAAAAAGAAAAAGACGGACCAGAACCACAGCUGAUCCUCUGAAGGAGAUAUGGACUCAAACGUUUCUGUGACUCCGUAAAAGCAGAAAUAAAGUGACAGGAGGAGAAACGGCUGCUCCUCCUGCUGCUCCUCCUGCUGUCUGGACCUCCGGGUGAUUCUGCCCGAAUGAACCAGAACCAGCAGAACUCUUUCUCUGUGUUGCAUCACAGGUUUGGACGAAAACAAGCUGCAGCUGCGUCUGCUUCCAGGUUGCCGUGGAAACCGGCCUGAUAACACCAAGGUUUCUGUCGGAGCAGAUAAACACGUUCACGGCCUCCGGCCCCUUCAAGGUCUCUGCCCGCCACAUUAAAGGCGGGACUCCUCUCCGCCUCCUCUUUCUCCCCCGUCUCUCUGCAGCCAUGCUCUCCUUUCUCCUCUCCUAUGUCUCCACCGUUUCUCCACCCGUCCUCCUCGUCUUCAUCGUCCUCGUGGUCGCGCUCGUCUUCCUGAGCUAUGACAGGCGCCGUGGUGAACGUCCGUCCUCUCUUCCACCAGCCCGGAGCUCCAUCCCCUGCCUUCCUCAGCUCCCCAUCCUGGGCAGCCUCCCCUGGCUGGGAGGAGGCCUCCCGCCUCACCUCCUCUUCACCAAGCUGGCUCACAGGUACGGAUCUCUGUUCGGGCUGUUCCUCGGUCCGCACUACACCGUGGUGGUGAACAGCCAUCAACACGCCAAAGAGGUCCUGCUGCAGAGGGGGCGGGACUUUGCUGGACGGCCGAGCAUGGUAACCACGGAGCUGCUAACCAGAGGAGGCAAAGACAUCGCAUUUUCAGACUACUCUCCUCUCUGGAAGCUUCACCGCCGUCUGGUCCACAACUCCUUCACUCUGUUUGGGGAAGGAACCAGCCGACUGCAGGACGUCGUGUUUUCUGCCGUUGACAGUUUGUGCUCCGAGCUGAUGUCCAACGGCUCCCGAGGCUUCGAUCCGUCUGCUGCCGUCACCAGGGCUGUGACUAACGUGGUGUGCACGCUGGUGUUCAGCAGCACCUAUCGCCACGGCGACGCAGAGCUGCAGGAAGUGAUCAGCUACAACAACGGCAUCGUGGAGACCAUCGCCAGAGGAGGACUGGUGGACAUCUACCCCUGGAUGAAGGUCUUCCCUAACUCCUCCCUCCGGAAGCUGAAGGAGUGCAUCGCCGUCAGAGACCGGCUGCUGACCCGGAAACUGGAGGAACACAAGGCGUCCUUGGCUGAAGGUGAUCCUUCCGACCUCCUGGAUGCCUUGCUAAAGGGAAAGAAGGGUGGUCCAAAGUCACAUGGUUUGGAAGGGGAGGGGAUAACGGACGACCACGUCCUGAUGACGGCGGCGGAGGCUUUUGGAGCCGGAGUGGAAACAACGUCCACCACGCUGCUGUGGAUUCUGGCCUAUCUGCUGCACCACCCAGAGGUCCAGCAGCGCGUGCAGAAGGAGCUGGAUGAGAACGUGGGCGCCGACCGCGCCGCAAACCUGUCCGACCGAGGUCACCUGCCGUACCUGGACUGUGUGAUCAACGAGGGAAUGAGGAUCCGGCCGGUCAGCCCCGUGCUGAUCCCCCACACCGCCAUGACGGACAGCAGCAUUGGAGGUCACGCGGUGCGGCGUGGGACCCGGGUUUUGGUGAACAUGUGGUCGAUCCACCAUGACCCCCAAAACUGGGACAAACCGGAUCUGUUCCAACCAGAACGUUUCCUUGACGACCAGGGCAAUCGCGCCACACCUUCUUGCUUUAUGCCGUUUGGAGCGGGACCUCGUGUCUGUGUUGGCGAAUCAUUGGCCAGAAUGGAGCUUUUCCUUUUCCUGUCGUCUCUGCUUCAACGAAUGAGCUUCAGGCUCCCUGAAGGGGCUCCGCCCCCUAACCUGCAGGGCCGUUUGGGCGUGGUCUUGCAGCCAAUGCCUUAUGAGGUUGUGGUCAUUCCAAGGCCGGGGUGGGAGGGCGGGGCAAGAUGAAAGAAGGGGAGGGACUAAAGAUGUUACUGGAAGAGCUAGCGAUGCUGCUAGCCGUAGCAGUACAGGAAGUUUUUAACACUCAAUGAGUUCAAAGGACCUUUACGUUCAUAAGUAGCUGCUUUUAAAGGUGAUUUGUGAGUUACUGACAUGUUGGAAUCAGUCCAUGCUUUGUUGUCCUCUUCUUACCAGUGCGGUUCUAAUAAACGCGGUUCUGCUGGACAAAGACA